GACCCAAAAAAAAAAAAAAAACUCUUCACUCAGCGCCAGUCUCUCUCUCUUUCUCUCAAUCUCAUUCCUUGCCUUCACGCUUCACACACAAGAACCCUAAUUCCCAAAUCCAACUACCCAAAUAACCCUACUGUCGCUGCUUCUCUGCACCCUUUGGUGUUUGCUUCUUCGUACACCAGCAUUGCAUUACUAUUUGUUCAUCUUUCGUCUCUUACCUAGUCACUUGUCUUCAUUCAGGUUUUGAACUAGUUCAAGUUUCCUGACAAGUGAGAACAGUGUGAGGUUCACUUUUCAUUUCUAGAAUAAAAAGACUUCAAUUUUUGAAGAUGGCUGCAACCUUUGCUUCCAGAUGUUCUCAUGUGGGCCGUUCUCUGUUUGGUGGAAUAAGCAACAGUUCCCUUGGUUUAUUUACCACAUCACAUGAGAUGACAUGUAGCAGUUUCUUUUCUCAGCAGCAACGCACCUUCAUCCAGAUGAGGACUGUUCUCAAGGUUGUGGAUAACUCGGGGGCUAAAAAGGUGAUGUGCAUACAGGCAUUGAAAGGUAAGAAAGGGGCAAGAUUAGGUGACACGAUAGUAGCAUCGGUGAAGGAAGCACAUCCUAAUGGAAAAGUGAAGAAAGGAAAGGUUGUAUAUGGGGUUGUCGUGCGUGCAGCAAUGCAGAAGGGGCGUUGUGAUGGCAGUGAGGUCAAGUUUGAUGACAAUGCUGUGGUGCUUGUUGACAAGCAAGGCCAGCCUAUUGGGACCAGAGUUUUUGGGCCAGUGCCUCAUGAGCUGAGGCAGAAGCAGCAUGUCAAGAUUCUUACCUUAGCAGGGCAUAUUGCAUAAAUGAGACAAAGGGUUAUUCAUAAAUUUCACAUGAAUCCAAUAUCACAUCUACCAUUUUUGGAAGUUUCAAUCUUUUGGUUUGAAGUGUAAGGUUUAAUAUUCAAUCUAGCAAUUUUAUGAUGAGAAAAACAGAUGUAGAAGGCUUCUUUUUAAAUAAUGAGCAUUUUAUUUGGUUUCUAGC